UCGACAUAUUUUCAGCGACACUCAUCUCUGGCUACAAUUCUGCCUAUCGGCCAAAAAAUACACAACAAAACAAUCCAGAACUUGUGUUUUUUUUGACAAUAAUUAAGUGCGCCGCAAACAUGUCGGUAACAAUGCGGAUUUUCACAGCAUCGCGCAAUGGUCAGCGCAUGUUUAGCACUACUGGCGCUCGAAUGCUGGCUGCCCAGAGGGCCGAACCGAAAGACAUUGUGGAAGUGCCCAAGGGCUACGUUUAUGUCAACAACAAGGAGCUGAGCAUGGAAAUGCAGGAUAUCACAGAUCGUGCUGCAUCUACAAUGUUCUUUGGUGAGCUUUUCCGCGGCUUUGCCGUCACCUUGGCGCACAUCUUCAAGGAGCCGGCAACAAUCAAUUACCCGUUUGAGAAGGGGCCACUCAGUCCGCGCUUCCGUGGCGAGCAUGCCCUGCGCCGCUAUCCAAGUGGUGAGGAGCGUUGCAUUGCGUGCAAGCUGUGCGAGGCCAUUUGUCCCGCUCAGGCCAUCACCAUUGAGGCCGAAGAGCGCGCCGAUGGCAGCCGGCGUACAACACGCUACGAUAUUGACAUGACCAAGUGCAUCUAUUGUGGAUUCUGUCAGGAGGCUUGUCCCGUCGAUGCGAUUGUUGAAGGACCCAAUUUUGAAUUCUCGACAGAGACACACGAAGAAUUGCUCUACAACAAGGAGAAGCUGUUGUGCAAUGGCGAUAAAUGGGAGUCGGAGAUUGCAUCCAAUCUGCAAGCCGAUCAUCUGUAUCGUUAAUUUUUAUUGUACAUAUUAGAAUUUUUGUUUAGAAUGAUUUUCCAAUUAAAUAAUAUCGUUGCCUGGAUUACGUUACGUGAACACACA